AUGACUUCAAUUGCUGCAAAAACCUCGCUCUUCGAAUCAUCCUCCAUCCCCUCCACCUCUGCGCAAUGGAAGUCCACCCUCCAGGAAAUAAAGCUGCUAUACAUGCAGCGGCAAUAUAAACGAUGCGUCUCCCGUUCGUCAUCUAUCCUUUCCGUGGCCAGAGAACCUAUAAAUCCCGUGUACAAGACAUAUCUGUACUUUUACAGCGCCAUCUCCUACGAGGCAAUGGGCCGCUACGCGCACGAGUACUCGAGGAAUAAGAUACCGCUUUUGCACUCGGCCUUGGACUGCUUCGUUACUUGUCUUUCUGUCCUUCCUGCUACUGUUCCUGUUGACGAGGGCUGUAGUCCCAUUCCAGAAUCCGAUUCUGCGGAUGACAACUAUGGAGAUGGUCUUACCAACAUUUCUAGAUCAGAAACAGACUUUGGAUUUCAACAAGUCGAAUUCUCGUUGUCAGAGACCAAUGAAACAACAUUUUCUCUGUCGCACUCUCCCUCUCCCUCCUCAGCCCCGUCUAGCAGGGCAUCGAGAGAAACAUCACCAGCGGAAAGCAUUGUCUCCAGCAUCACAGAUAUCAUCGACAGGGCGCUAGAUGGCCCCGAGGAUGAUCCUUUUCUCUCAGACUACGAGGACUUGGUUGAUAUCCCAAGUAUCAACAACGAAGACAACCUUGGCCCAACAGUGGCCUCACUCGAUAACGCGGAUAAGGCAGAGUACCGUCUAGUGCCACCUCCUCUCCACGUCCGCAAAUCAUCCAAGCCGCUUCCACUCGUUCUACCGUCUCUCGAACCUAGUGGUGACACUAGUACAUCUUCAAAGACCCAAGCUCAGGAUACAGCUGAACCCGCGGCAGAGAUUCGAGUCCGCCCUCCACCCCUCCCUCUUCCUGUCAGAACUAAAGGCGCGGCUACCAACAAUACACUCGGGGCCGUUGUUCAGGAUAGCCAAAUGCAUACAUACAACACCAGCACAUUGCAAACUUCCUCCAGACGAGAAAUUCCACAUGUUGGAAUUGGCCUCCCCUCACCAUCUUCAAUAACAGCGUUUAACAACAGCCUUGUUUUCCUGCACAACCAAGUCACAUCUACAAUCACAACCCUCCACACCCUAAUCCAAGAAGUCACAUCCAUCCAGCACGCCCGAAUCCUAUCGAGACGAAGCAUCCAACGCUCGGUCUCAUUUUGGUCUUUUAGUCCUGUCAGGAACGGGUCUGGUCGUUCUCCUGGAGCCAAAUGGCAGAGUUUUGCCUCUAGAGGGCCUUCGGCACCUACAUCUGCGCCCGUAGCGUCUUCCGGACGCGAGAGCCUCCAGGGGCGUAUCGUCCGCCUACGAUCCGAGGGGUGGGAGACCGUCGGUUUGAAGAACCGGACACGGGGGUGGAAAGGAGCGGAAUAUUAUAGGGAGUUUUGUGGGAUGGUACUUGAUGAGCUCUAUCUUGGAUGA